GAAAAUGCAUUUUCAAUGAUUUGGAAAAUGGACAUCGUCCACGAUAUGAACAAAGCUAUUUGCAGGGCACAUCUUUACAAGUUAAUUGCUAUCCUGGAUUCACGCUUCCAGACAAGCAGACCACAAUGACCUGUACGGAGAAUGGCUGGCGCCCUCCUCCCAGGUGCAUCCGUGUCGAAACAUGUUUAAAGUCAAAGGUAAAAAUUGAGAAUGGAUUUAUUGCUGAGCCUGGAUCUAACUAUCUCUUAAAUCAAAGAGUAAAAUAUAAGUGCAAACAAGAUUAUGUAACAGAAGAUGGUCAGACAUCCGGGUAUAUUACAUGUCUCCAGAAUGGAUGGUCUGCUCAACCCAGAUGCAUUAAAUCUUGUGGUGUUCCAGUAUUUGAGAAUGCCAGAGCCAAAAGUGAUGGCACGUGGUUUAAGGUCAAUGACAAGUUGGUCUAUGAAUGCCAGAAUGGAUAUAAAAACCGAGAUGGACACACUGUAGGCUCCAUAGUGUGUGGUGACAAUGGUUGGUCUGAUACACCCACCUGUCAGGAAAGAGAAUGCAUCGUUCCCGAUAUAGAGCAGAACUUAAUUGCUCAGCCCCAGAAAGAGAAAUAUGUCAUUGGAGAUGUGUUGAAAUUCUCCUGCAGAAAUAGACUUAAACUUAUUGGAGCAGACUCUCUUCAGUGCUACCACUUUGGAUGGUCCCGUAGUCCUCCGACAUGUAAAGAGGAAGUACAAUCCUGUGAUCAACCUCCUCGACUCCGCAACGGGACAGUGGCAGACACACCUAAAGGGGAAUAUGAACACGGUGAGGUGGUGGAGUAUGUGUGCAACCCCAGGUUCCUGAUGAAGGGUGUGAGGAAAAUUCAGUGCAUUGAUGGAGAGUGGACACCCUUGCCCGUGUGUGUUGCGGAGGACAGUACAUGUGGAGAUGUACCUGAGCUGGACCAUGGCGAGAUCAUGUCCCCAGCACGGCCCCCCUAUCACCAUGGAGAAUCAGUAGAGUUCACUUGCAAAGAAAACUUUACAAUGAUUGGUCAGAGCUCAGUUACAUGUAUUAGGGGAACGUGGACCCAACCACCUCAGUGCAUUGCAACACUUGAACUCAAGACGUGUAAAUUAUCAAGGGCAAUUGCAUAUGAGAUAAAGUUGUCAGAUAGGAUUGACUAUGAGCAUAAUAAGAAAAUCAAUUACACUUGUGGGAGGAAGUCAGAGCAGAAACACUCAGUCUGUGUGAACGGAAAGUGGGAGCCUGAGGUGAACUGCACAGAAGCACCACGAUGCCCACCUCCACCUCAGAUUCCCAAUUCUCAAAAUAUGACCCUGACCGUGAAUUAUCAAGAAGGAGAAAAAAUAUCUAUUCUCUGUCAAGAAAACUUUCUAAUGCAGGAAGGAGAAGAAAUCGUGUGCCAGGAUGGACGAUGGCAGUCAAUACCGCACUGUGUUGAAAAAACUCCAUGUUCUCAACCACCUCAUGUAGAACAUGGAAGCAUUAAUUCAUCCAGAUCUUCAGAAGACGAAAGAGAAACAUUGAAACCCAAGUUAUAUGCACAUGGCACCACAUUAAGUUAUAUUUGUAAGGAUGGUUUCAAAUUAUCCAAAGAAGACGGGAUAACAUGCCACCUGGGACAAUGGAGUGCUUCACCACAGUGUGUAGGACUUCCUUGUGGACGACCCCCUGAGGUUUCCAAUGCUGUUCUUCCUGACAGGAUAAAGAGUUAUCCACAUGGGGAAAGAUAUACAUACAACUGUAAACCCGGAUUUCGGAUCCGUGGACCUGCAUACAUAGAAUGUUCAGGAGGAAAUUGGUCCCAUCCACCAGAAUGCACAACAAUUAAUUGUCCUAGCCCACCCAGCUAUACCAAUGCCAUCCUUGAAGGCUGGAAGAAGAAGUCAUACAAGCCAGGAGAACAAGUGACUUAUAGAUGUCCAGAAUAUUACCAAAUGGAUGGAUCCAAUGUUGUACAGUGUAAGGACGGCAUUUGGAUAGGAACACCCACAUGCAAAGAUGUCUCCUGUGGCAGCCCUCCCACAGUGCAAAAUGCCUUUAUACCAAACCAGAAGGAUAGGUAUCAACAUGGGGACACAGAACGUUAUGAAUGCAGGCACUUUUUGGGCCUCUUCGGGAAUGCAGAAGUGACAUGUCUAAGUGGGAAUUGGACAGACCCACCUGAGUGCAAGGAGUCCACAGGACAAUGUGGGCGCCCUCCUGCUAUUGACAAUGGAGACAUUACCACGUAUCCAUCAGCAGUCUACGCUCCCGGGUCUUCAGUGGAGUAUCAAUGCCAGGCCUACUAUGAACUUGAGGGAAACAGGAGAAUAACGUGCCGUGAUGGACAGUGGUCUGAGCCACCCAAAUGCUUAGCAAUGACUUGUCCUAGCCCACCCAGCUAUGACAACGCCAUCCUCCUGGGCCAGCCGAAGAACUCAUACAAGUCAGGAGAACAAGUGGCUUAUGGAUGUCCAGAACAUUACCAAAUGUAUGGAUCCAAUGUUGUAGAGUGUAGGGACGGCACUUGGAUAGGAACCCCCACAUGCAAAGAUCUCUCCUGUGGCAGGCCUCCCACAGUGCAAAAUGCCAUUAUACCAAACCAGAAGCCUAGGUAUCAACAUGGGGACACAGCACGUUAUGAAUGCAGGCACCCUUUGGGCCUCUUCGGGAAAGCAGUGGUGACAUGUCUAAGUGGGAAGUGGACAGACCCACCUGAGUGCAAGGAGCCAACAGGACAAUGUGGGCCCCCUCCUGCUAUUGACAAUGGAGACAUUACCACAUAUAUGUCACCAUUCUACGCAUCGGGGUCUUCAGUGGAGUAUCAAUGCCAGGCCUACUAUCAACUUGAGGGAAACAGGAGAAUAACGUGCCUUGAUGGACAGUGGUCUGAGCCACCCAAAUGCUUACCAAUGACUUGUCCUAGCCCACCCAGCUAUGGCAACGCCAUCCUCGUGGGCCAGCCGAAGAACUCAUACAAGUCAGGAGAACACGUGGCUUACAGUUGUCCAGACUACUACCAAAUGUUUGGAUCCAAUGUUGUAGAAUGUAGGCACGGCACUUGGAUAGGAACACCCACAUGCAAAGAUCUCUCCUGUGGCAGCCCUCCCACAGUGCAAAAUGCCAUUAUACCAAACCAGAAGCCUAGGUAUCGACAUGGGGACACAGCACGUUAUGAAUGCAGGCGCCCUUUGGGCCUCUUCGGGAAAGCAGUGGUGACCUGCUUCAGUGGGAAGUGGACAGACCCACCUGAGUGCAAGGAGUCCACAGGACAAUGUGGGCCCCCUCCUGCUAUUGACAAUGGAGACAUUACCACAUAUAUAUCACCAUUCUACGCUCCCGGGUCUUCAGUGGAGUAUCAAUGCCAGGCCUACUAUCAACUUAAGGGAAACAGGAGAAUAACGUGCCGUGAUGGACAGUGGUCUGAGCCACCCAAAUGCUUAGCAAUGACUUGUCCUAGCCCACCCAGCUAUGACAAUGCCAUCCUCGUGGGCCAGCCGAAGAACUCAUACAAGUCAGGAGAACAAGUGACUUAUAGAUGUACAGAACAUUACCAAAUGGAUGGAUCCAAUACUGUGCAAUGUAUGAAUGGCGGGUGGAUAGGAACACCCACAUGCAAAGAUCUCUCCUGUGGCAGCCCUCCCUCAGUGCAAAAUGCCUUUAUACCAGAGGAGAAGUCUAGGUAUAGACAUGGGGACACAGCACAUUAUGAAUGCAGGCACCCUUUGGGCCUCUAUGGGAAAGCAGAAGUGACAUGUCUAAGAGGGAAGUGGACAGACCCACCUGAGUGCAAGGAGCCCACAGGACAAUGUAAGCCCCCUCCUGCUAUUGACAAUGGAGACAUUACCACGGAUCCAUUAGCAGUCUACGCUCCCGGGUCUUCAGUGGAGUAUCAAUGCCAGGCCUUCUAUGAACUUGGGGGAAACAGGAGAAUAACGUGCCGUGAUGGACAGUGGUCUGAGCCACCCAAAUGCUUAGGUCUCCCCUGUGGCAGCCCUCCCACAGUGCAAAAUGCCUUAAUACCAAACCAGAAGCCUAACUAUCAACAUGGGGACACAGCACGUUAUGAAUGCAGGAACACUAGGGACCUCAUCGGGAAUGCAGAAGUGACCUGCUUAAGAGGGAAGUGGACAGACCCACCUGAGUGCAAGGAGUCCACAGGACAAUGUAAGCCCCCUCCUGCUAUUGACAAUGGAGACAUUACCACGGAUCCAUUAGCAGUCUACGCUCCCGGGUCUUCAGUGGAGUAUCAAUGCCAGGCCUACUAUGAACUUGAGGGAAACAGGAGAAUAACAUGCCUUGAUGGACAGUGGUCUGAGCCACCCAAAUGCUUAGGUCUCCCCUGUGGCAGCCCUCCCACAGUGCAAAAUGCCUUCAUACCAAACCAGAAGCCUAACUAUGGACAUGGGGACACAGCACGUUAUGAAUGCAGGAACUCUAGGGACCUCGUCGGGAAUGCAGAAGUGACCUGUCUAAGAGGGAAGUGGACAGACCCACCUGAGUGCAAGGAGCCCACAGGACAAUGUGGGCCCCCUCCUGCUAUUGACAAUGGAGACGUUACCACGUAUCCAUUAGCCAUCUACCCUCCCGGGUCUUCAGUGGAGUAUCAAUGCCAGGCCUACUAUGAACUUGAGGGAAACAGGAGAAUAACGUGCCGUAAUGGACAGUGGUCUGAGCCACCCAAAUGCUUAGGUCUCCACUGUGGCAGCCCUCCCACAGUGCAAAAUGCCUUCAUACCAAACCAGAAGCCUAACUAUGGACAUGGGGACACAGCACGUUAUGAAUGCAGGAACUCUAGGAGCCUCGUCGGGAAUGCAGUGGUGACAUGCUUAAGAGGGAAGUGGACAGACCCACCCGAGUGCAAGGAGCCCACAGGACAAUGUGGGCCCCCUCCUGCUAUUGACAAUGGAGACGUUACCACGUAUCCAUUAGCCAUCUACGCUCCCGGGUCUUCAGUGGAGUAUCAAUGCCAGGCCUACUAUGAACUUGAGGGAAACAGGAGAAUAACGUGCCGUAAUGGACAGUGGUCUGAGCCACCCAAAUGCUUAGGUCUCCCCUGUGGCAGCCCUCCCACAGUGCAAAAUGCCUUCAUACCAAACCAGAAGCCUAACUAUGGACAUGGGGACACAGCACAUUAUGAAUGCAGGAACUCUAGGAGCCUCGUCGGGAAUGCAGUGGUGACAUGCUUAAGAGGGAAGUGGACAGACCCACCUGAGUGCAAGGAGCCCACAGGACAAUGUGGGCCCCCUCCUGCUAUUGACAAUGGAGACAUUACCACGUAUCCAUUAGCAGUCUACGCUCCCGGGUCUUCAGUGGAGUAUCAAUGCCAGGCCUUCUAUGAACUUGAGGGAAACAGGAGAAUAACAUGCCGUGAUGGACAGUGGUCUGAGCCACCCAAAUGCUUAGGUCUCCCCUGUGGCAGCCCUCCCACAGUGCAAAAUGCCUUCAUACCAAACCAGAAGCCUAACUAUCGACAUGGGGACACAGCACGUUAUGAAUGCAGGCACCCUUUGGACCUUGUCGGGAAUGCAGAAGUGACAUGUCUAAGUGGGAAGUGGACCGACCCACCUGAGUGCAAGGCAAUGACUUGUCCUAGCCCACCCAGCUAUGGCAAUGCCAUCCUCGUAGGCCGGAAGAAGAACUCAUACAAGUCAGGAGAAGAAGUGAUUUAUAGAUGUCCAAAACAUUACCAAAUGGAUGGAUCCAAUAUUGUACAGUGUAUGAAUGGCAGGUGGAUAGGAACACCCACAUGCAAAGAUCUCUCCUGUGGCAGCCCUCCCACAGUGCAAAAUGCCUUUAUACCAAACCAGAAGCCUAGGUAUCGACAUAGGGAAACAGCACAUUACGAAUGCAGGAACUCUUUGGGCCUCGUCGUAUAUGCAGAAGUGACCUGCUUAAGAGGGAUGUGGACCGACCCACCUGAGUGCAAGGAGUCCACAGGACAAUGUGGGCCCCCUCCUGCUAUUGACAAUGGAGAUGUUACCACAUAUAUGUCACCAUUCUAUGCUUCGGGGUCUUCAGUGGAGUAUCAAUGCCAGGCCUACUAUGAACUUGAGGGAAACAGGAGAAUAACGUGCCAUGAUGGACAGUGGUCUGAGCCACCCAAAUGCUUAGCAAUGACUUGUCCUAGCCCACCCAGCUAUGACAACGCCAUCCUUGUGGGCCAGCCGAAGAACUCAUACAAGUCAGGAGAACAAGUGACUUAUAGAUGUACAGAACAUUGCAAAAUGGAAGGAUCCAAUGUUGUACAGUGUAGGGACGGCAUUUGGAUAGGAACACCCACAUGCAAAGAUGUCUCCUGUGGCAGCCCUCCCACAGUGCAAAAUGCAUUCAUACAAAACCGGAUGCCUCAGUAUCGACCUGGUGACACAGUCCUUUAUGAAUGCACCAACUCUUUGGGCCUCUUCGGGAAUCCAGUGGUGACCUGCUUAAGUGGGAAGUGGACAGACCCACCUGAGUGCAAGGAUUCCACAGGACAAUGUGGGCCCCCUCCUGCUAUUGACAAUGGAGACGUUACCACAUAUAUAGCACCAUUCUACGCUCCCGGGUCUUCAGUGGAGUAUCAAUGCCAGGCCUACUAUAAACUUGAGGGAAACAGGAGAAUAACGUGCCAUGAUGGACAAUGGUCUGAGCCACCCAAAUGCUUAAAUGCCUGUGUAAUAUCAGAAGAAAUCAUGAAAGAACAUAACAUACAGUUGAAAUGGUCAUAUGCAAAAAAAAUUUAUUCUGGAACGAAUGAUUAUGUUGAAUUUUUGUGUCGACCUCCCUAUCGUAGAGUGUCACCAGCAUCUGCAUUCCGAGUACAAUGUCAUGAAGGAAAAAUGGAGUAUCCCUCUUGUGCAUAACAUGAGAGCUAUGUGGCAGUUUUCACAUUAAAAUAUGCGCCUCAUUCAGAAUGUUUUAAUAUUAAUCUAAUUCUUCUCAAUUUAUUUUUCUAGUUGGGUGUAACUCACUUUUAUUCAUUAAUCACAAUUCCUGUUAAAUGCCAUGUGGGAGAUGUCAUUGUAAUCUGAGACCAACGGACCACUUCUCAUAAGCAUCUCAUUAAAAUGUGACAAACCAACA